CGUCGAUUGGCUGUGCUCUUGCCUUCGUACGCGGUGACGUGUUCUAGGCUUGCACGUACACGCGCACCGCCGUCGCGGCGAAACUCCUGGUCCGGCCAGCGGCGCCGCUGAUGUCGGGAUGACCAUCCCGGCUGGAUUAUGGGCUACCUGGUCGAGAAGCAGUUGGCGACGCGGCCUGUAAGAACCGGCCUCCCCACCUAGGCUGCUCUUCUCGGCUCUCCCUGAGGGGGGUGAGCGUACUCCAGGCUCCCUCCCCCCCUUUUCCGUCAGCCAUCUUAAAACUAUGUGGAAAUGGGGCAGCGGAGAUGAUUCAGCUCCUAAAUCUGGAGCUCAUGGCACAUCUCAAACAGCAAGCAUGUCAGUGACCGAUUUGACUGAACAGCUGGUCCAAACUGAACAGCUGGUAGCACAACUCAAAGAACUUGUCAAGGAAAAGGAUAAUGAGUUACGCCAUAAAGAGCAACAAUUAAAGGAAGAAAAAGAAGCUUCUGAAGCCAAGAUUUCCAAAUUAAAGCUGCAAAACAAAGCCAAAGUAACAUCCUUAACAUCACAGUUAGAGGAAUUUAAAAAGCAAGUAUCAGGAGCUAGAACCCAAGAAGGAAAACCAGAGCAAAAGAAAGGGUAUAGAGAUAGUGAUCAGGAAAAUGCUGCUGCAAGUCGUGGAAAAAUAUUGGUACUUAAAAAGAAACUUGAAGAACUGGAAAUACAGAACGCUCAAAGAAAUGAAGAGUUACAGAAAAAGAUUGCUGAACUGGAUGCUGCACAUCAACGAGGGACUGAAAUGGAUGCCAUGCUUGCUGAGAAGCAAAAGAAAUUAGCUGAAAAGGAAGCCUACAUAAUUGAUUUACAACUAUCCUGUGGAUCAACUAAUGAUGCCAGAGAAGUACUAAUCCAUAACACUGAAUUAAAGAAUCAACUUUCCACAAAGGAGGCUUCAUUGCAGAGUAUGCAACUCUUAGUGCAGAACCUUACCAAGAAGGUUGGAGACAGUGAAGAAAGGUGUAGUGUCCUCCAAGAACAAAUUGAAAAUCUUAAAAGUAUUCAGAGUAAAGAGAAGGAACACUUCCAGGAAAGAGAAGCAAUGUAUACACAAAACAUCUGUAUGUUUCAGAAUAUUAUCCAGGAAAAGGAAAAAGAGCUGAUGGGACUGGCUCAGAAACACGAGCAAGAACUGUUUAAACUGGCUGCCAAAUCUGAUGCUAGUGCUGAUCUAGAACAGUUACUGAAAGCCUUGAAACAGAAGCUGCAUGAAAAGGAAGAAGUCAUGCUAGGAAGGACACAGGUGAUAGUCAUGUUGCAACAAGAACUGGAUGGAAAAGAUGAGCAGCUAAAAGAAGUCAAUGAACACCUGAAUCGCCUUCAGUCAGAGAAAGAUAACCUCCAGUCCAAGCUAGAUGCAGAAAAGCAUGUAAUGCGAGCCCAGCUUAGAGACAUGUUGGAAAAACAAGAGAUUGAAAUGAAAAAAGUGAGAGAGAAACAUAAUGCAGAUACGAAGAAGAUCCAAGAGAAGCAUGAAACUGAGCUGCAGGAGAAACACCAAGCCCUGCUUCAACUUCAGCAACAAAUGGAGAAAUUAAGUUCCAGUGACCAAAGUAAAUUGGAGCAAGUUGUUGACAUAGAUGCUGCAAUUAAACAGAAGUUGGAACAUCUAGAAGCUCAAGCAAAACUAAAAACAGAAGAGGCCAGCAAAUCUGAAGCUAAGUUCCUUAAGAUAAAAGCCUGGUCCAAAUCCAGAAUCAGACAGCUUGAAGAUGAGCUUAAAAAUGCUGCAUCAGUGAAUAACAAUGUAACUGCCUUACAUGACCGGAUUUCAGAAUUAGAAAAGGAAAAAGAAGAUCUACAAUCUACACUGCAAGCAUUUUCUGAACUUAAAGCUCAAAAUGAAGAAUUGCUGGGUAAGCUGGAAGUCUAUGAAGAGCAGCAGCGAAAAUUGCAAGCAGACCUUGAACAAGUUACGAAGAGGGCAGCUUCACAGGCUAGUGAAUCUGGCAGUGUGGAUGAGCUGCAGAGUCAGCUUUUGGAGUGGCAAGAAAUUGUAACUGAGUCUGAGGAUGCACACAGUCAAAUCAGAGAGGAGAAAUCUGCAAUGGCUCUAAGAAUGGCACAAAUUGAAGAGGAGAGAGAAGAACUGAUUGAGGAUGACUGGUUCUUUCCUGGCUGCUCUGAUCCAGCCAUAGUCUCGGGGCAGCAGGAGCUGGAGGAGGAACUGGCCACAGUUCAAGGGAUUGGCAGAAUGCAACCAGACAGAAGAAAGGCUGCCCAGUCCAGCAGGAAACUCCAGGAAGACUAUGGCUUCGAUGGAAAACAGUGCUAUGAAGAAUUGAAUGUCACCUUGGAUAGCACUGAUUCAGCUGAAGGAGAAAACAUGGGAGGUUGGUGGCCAGAGUACAGUUCCCCUCAUACAGGUUUACGGACUGUAGUGGAAGAGUUAGAAUUGGAAAGAAAUCAGUUGCAAGAACAAAUUCUCUUCUUGGAAGAACGUUGCCGGGAUUUGGAAGAUAGAUUGCAGCUCCAAAACAGAGUGGAAGCUCUACAGGUGGCAUUUGGUGCAGAGGAAGAAGGGCAGCUAUUGAGGGCUGUACAGAAUGAAAACGAUCGUUUACAAAUCCAGCUUACACAGCUGCGCAGCCAGCAAGCACGUGAUACAGAAAAACACCAAGUUCUUGUUUCCAAUUUAAAUGAACAACUUAAAGGGUUAAAUGAAAGAAAUGGUUUGCUUGAAACUUUGCUUGGGGAAAAGGAGCAGAAGCUUUCAAGUAUAGCAGAAAAGCUAGAACGAAUAGAAGACAUGAGAAAUUCACUUCAAGAGAGAGAUCUUCUGAACAAAGAACUAAGUGAAAAGCUAUUGCAGAGUGAACAGAAGCUGGAAGAUGCCUUGAAGAAGUGCAAUACUUACGGAGCAGAGUGUGCAGAACAGAAAACAAUAAUCAACGAUCUAACAGAGAAAAUGGCUGCCUUUAAAGAAAAGACUGUGAAACAGGAUGCUGCCAUGGAAUUAAUGCGACUAGAUCUUGAACAGACAAAUGAAGAACUUGACAGAUUAAACACUAGCCAUUUAGAAGAGAGAUCUCAACUCAUUCAAGAUCUCCAGAGACGUGAAAGAGAAAUUGAUAACCUCAGAGAGAUUUUAGCUGAGAAAGACAAAGAAAUUUCUUCUCUUUCUUCCAAUAUGACUGAGUAUUCUGAGCAGAUUAAUAUUCUGAAGCGCCAGAUCAAGUGCAAAGAGGAUGAAAUACGAGAAAUGGAAGAAGCGCUGUCGAAGGCUGAAAGGGAAGCCCAGCUGCUGAAAGAUAUACAAACAGCAGAUGUAAAAGAUGCAAGCACAAAGUUUUCGGAACUUUCUGAGCAGUUAAGUGCAAUAGAAUCAGAGCUGGCAAAGGUGAAAGCUGAAAAUGAGUCUAAAACCAAAGAAAAUGAGGAACUGGUUAGGCAAAUCAAAGAAACCAGCCAAACAAUUAAACACCUUAAUUGUGAAAUCAAGACUCGUGAUGUUACUUACAAUAACAAACUCAUGGAGUAUGAGUCACAAAUUAAAUUGCUUAAAGAACAAAUAAUUAAAUCAACUGAAAAACUGCAAGAAACAGAGAUAAAAUGUAGGGAGGAAACAGACCAUCUCAAAUCCCAGCUUGAUGAACAUAUCUCUGCAAAGGAGAAAUUGAAUACCUUGCUGAAAGAGAGAGAGAACAAAGAACAAAGUUUUGAAAAUGAAUUGAAAUCAGUGAAAGAUUUGCACAAUCAGCUAAUUUUAGAAAAUGCUCAAAAAGAUGGAGAUUUGGCUAAUUUGUCCACACAAGUUGCUAAACAUACUGAGCAUUUAGAAAUUGCCAAAAAAUCCUUACAAGAAAAAGCAGAGAUCAUAAUAUCUUUAAAAGACAAGCUUAAAGUUCUGGAGCAACAAAGUGUAAAGGAAAAGCUUAAGUUAGUUGGAGAACUGGAUAUCAAGAAAACACAGUGGAAAGAAGUUAAAAAUGAGCUACAUGAAAAAUGUGAAAUAAUUAACAAGAUGGAAACAGAAAGUCAAACUAACAUCCUGACAAAUAAGCAGUUACAGGCAGCUCUUGAGCAGAAAGAAAAAGAUUUUGCAGGCCAGCUUAAAGCCAAUGAAGAUCUCAGAAAUGAGGUCCGUACCAUGGAGAAAGAGAAGCAACAGCUAAUAAGUGAGAAUGAGAGUUUGUCUAAAUUACUGGACGUGAAAGAGUGUGAACUGUUGAAGCGUGCUCAAUCCAUGGCAGAAAUGGAGAGUAAGAUGUGUGCCAAUGCCACAGAAAAUCAAAAAAUGCUUUCAGAGGUCAGCCGUGAUAAAGAGACUUUAAGAAGCAAGGUGGAAGAACUCUCAGAUCUUGUAAAGCAAAAAGAAAAUUCAGUCGCAGAGCGGUUGCUAGAGAAAGAAAAGGAAUGUGGUAUAUUAGCUGAUGAGCUCUCGAAAAGCAGAGAGGCGACAAAACAGUUUCAUGAAGAAGUGCAAUCAUUUGGCACUCAGUUGAAGGAUGCUAAAAACAAAGAGCUGGAAAAAGAAGCAAUGCUGAGCCAGAAAGUGUUGGAGUAUAAUAAAAUGGUCCAACAGCUCAGUCAGGGGGAAGAAAAACUAUUAUCAUUGCAGAAACAAGUGGAAGACCUAGAAAAGAAGCUUAAAAUAAAAAGCAAAUCUAUAGAAGAAGGAAAAAGGCAUAACGAUGCCUUAUUUAAGCAAGUAGAAGAAAAGCAGGUUAAUAUGAUCACGUUAGAGAGAGAAAUAGAAAGACUUAAGGGUGAUAACAUACUGUUAUCUCAUCAGGUUGAAGAAAAAGACUCUGUUCUAUUAUCUCAAGGACUAGAGCUUGAGGAUCUUCGCAGGCAGAUUGCCAAGAAAACAGCAGAAUGUGCAGCAUUAAAUGAUCAGUUGGCACUAUUAGUCAAAGAAGUGGAUGUUUUGAAAUAUGAAAAGGAUAGUGCUUUGGCUAUUUGCACCAAAAGAUCAAAUGAAUGUGAUGCUUUUCAGCAUCAGUUAACACGGCUUCAGUGUGAAAUUGUGUCCACAAAACAUGAAGCUCAUAUGUUGAAAUUAGAAAAUGAAAAACUGAAAGCAGAUAUUGAAACAGUGACUGCUACAUUAAUGAAAAAUUGUGAAGGAAUAGUUCCGUUAAAUGCACAAUUUUCUCAGCAAAGUCAUAAUAUUUUAGCUUUUAUGGAUCAAACUGAUACCUUAGUCAGUGAAAUAAAAACAUUAAAAAGCAGUUUUCAUGAAAAAGAGGCUCUCCUUUCCCAGAGGGAAGCUUUGAUUCAGCAAAUGAAAGAAAACAAAGAUGCAGGUGACAAGCAGCAUUUGCAGAUGAUUUCAGAUUUGCAAAGCCAAAUACAGGUUCUAAAUUGUGAAGCUAGUCAACUUAGGCAGGAAGUGCAACAGAAAGAAAAUAAAUUGAGGAAGCAGGACCAGGAGUUAAAAUUACUUAAAGAUAAAUCUGAGGAAUCGGAUCUGCUUAGAGUUCAACUGUCUGAGAACAUGCAAACAAUUUCUGAUCUUCAGUGUCAGUUUAAGAAUAUGAUAGAAAACACUGAAGUAUUAAGUAAGACAAUUACAGAGAAAGAUACUUUUUUAAAACAAAAAGAGCAGGAGUGUGUUAAUUUGCAAGCAUGUAUUUCUGAAACUUCCUGUAUGCAGCAGAAACAUUUAGAGUCGAUCACAACUGAAGCAGAACGAUUAAAAGCAAUUGUUUUAGAGAAAGAGUUGCUGAUUAACAAUAUUUCAUUACUUAACAAUAAGUUGAAGGCUGAACUUCAAGAAAAAGAGAGUGAAUGUGAGACUUUGAAGAAGCAAGUUACAGAUGUAGAAGAAUUAAACUUGAGUCUAAAAAAGGAAAUAAGUGAUCAGAAUAAAUUAAUAAAUGACAUUAGCCAAACACUAGCAGAAAAAGAGGGUUCACUUUUGGAUAAUGCCAAUCUUGUAAAAACACUGGGAGAGGAACUAAAAAUAAAUGAAGAAAAGUCACGGAUGGUUUCUGAACUUCAUGAUCAAAUGAAUGGACUGAAUCAAGAAAUCCAAAAGUUACAAGAACUAGCCCAGGAAAAAGAAAAAGCUUUCUUAGCUUUGCAGGACAAAUUUGCUGCUCAGUAUGAACAAAGAAGUGAACUUAGUGCUUCUCUGAGUAAAAAAAAAGAGUUUAUUGCUGGCUUACUUAAUUCUUUAGAUCAGAAAGAUAUCAGUGUUCAACUAGCAGAAAGCAAUGUUCGGGCUCUUACUAAUGAGAUUGAGCUGCUUAGAGAAGAGUUAGAAAAAAGUGCUGCUAUACGAAAAAAGCUUUUGCAAGAGAAGGAUGAAAGCAUUGCCAUUAGCCAGAAGAAAACCGACUCUUUGACAGUUGAACUUGAAUCUGUAAAAUCAGAGCAUCAGAAAGCAUUGGAACAAGUUGAUUUAUGGAAGCAAAAUGUUCAACACAGAGAGGGAGCUCUACAGGUUGCACAGGAAAAAUGCACUGAACAGGCUAAACAUAUUGAAUAUUUAAAUUCUGAGUUCAGUGCUGUAAAUUUGAAAUCUUCCCAAGAAUGCCACAGCCACACUCUUUCAAUAGAAAAAUUGCAACAGCAGGUAGAUUCUUUAAUUAAGGAUAAAAUUAUUUUACAAGAGAAGUAUGAUAAACUAAGUGUAGAAAACAUAGAGCUUGUUAAGUACCAGAACCAAUUACAGCAGCAAUCAAAAGAGCUACAAGAACUUCAUGAAAAAUUAGAAGCCAGUGAGAAUGAAUCGCGAAUGCACCAACGUGCUGUCACUUUGCAGCUGGAGAAUGAGAGAGAGCAGUUGCAGAUGCAGGUUAGUGUGAAGGGUGAAGAAGCUGGUGAAUUAAAGGUUAAGGUUGAAAAGCUAGAACAAAGCCUUCUUUUGUCAGAAAACAGAUGGGUGACAGAACUUGCUAGUGCGACUCAGCAGAAUGAAAUUAAUCUUGAGCAGCUGAGCAGUUUGGAAAGGGAAAUAAAAUCAAAAGAUGCUCAAAUUCAAUCUUUGCAGCAAGAACAGGAUAUUAUUAAAAAAGAAUUGUCCAAACACCUGUCUGCAUUGAGUAGUAGGUAUUUCAUCAAAGACAGUGAUAGUGAUGCUGCUCAGCAAGUAACUGAAAGUAAGAUUGUAUUGGAAAAAUUCUCUACUCUGAUAGAUAGGAUUCUCAGCAAAGAAGUAGAACUGCAACAGACCAUUUUACAGAGGGAGAAAGACGUACAUCACUUGAAUAAUCAGUUGGAAAGUGUGCUGUCCCUGAGGGAAGAAAAAGAGUUAAUGCAGAAUGAUUUUAAAAAGGUCAAAGAUGCUAACCAACCUGAAAUUGAAUAUUUGUUAAAUGAACUGAGUUCUGCUAAGGAUACAUUACGUAGGCAGCAAUCUGUCUGUGAAGAAAGGGACACUGCAUUAACAAAAACAAAGAAGCAGGUUGCGUUUCUCCAGGAAAAGAUAAACAAAUUAGAAAAAGAACUUAAAAGCAGUUACAAGACACUGAAUAUCAAAUAUCAAGAAGCAGCAAAACUUUUAGAAGAACUAGAACACAAAAACCAGAUGAUAGAAAACUUAAAUUCCCAAACUAAGCAACAGAAGGAUUUAAUUACUUCUCUAAGCCAGCAGUUAAAAGAAAAGGAUUACUCAGUUACUCAAGUCAUGGAAUCCAUGUCUAAUGAAAUGGUAAAAUUUUCCGAGGAGAAAAAUGUGCUUGCCACCCAGGUGCAGCAACUGGAAGCCAUAAGGAAUAGCAUGAAUGAAGAGGCAAAUAUAUUAUCACAGCAAGUAGAAGAAUGUAAGAAAGAACUUGAACUCAAUCAAAUUGUGCUGACUGACAAAGAAGCUACAAUUAAAGACUUGGUGAGUGAGAAGGCACAGCUAAAUAUUGCUUUGGAAAAAUUAAAUCAAGAAAAAGAAAAUCUGAAUAAGAAGCUCCAGGCAGCCUUGCUACUUAGAAAGGACUUAAUUCGGAAGCUUGAGAAGCUUGAAAAGCAUGGCCAAGAAGAUUCACGAAGAGAGUUUAAAAAAACACAAGAUUUGCUGGAACAAAUUGAUGAAUUAGCAAAGCAGGUUAAAAACGCUGACGCUCACAACAAAGAUCUUGUAUCCCAACUUGAAGGACUGAAGAAACAAUUGUUAGUGAAAGAUGCCAAAAUAAAUGAAAUGAGUAAAAUGUUAUCUGCCAAGGCAACACACCUGGACCAGCUACAGAAAGAUGUUACAGAAUUCAAAGCUACCAUUGCUGAACAAAAAAGUAUGUCUGAUAAGAAAUUAAUAGAAAUACAGGAAAAAGAUUGUCUGCUUGCACAAAUGCAAUCUGUGCACAGUGAGAAAGAGAGAAUGUAUGGAGAGGAAUUUUCUCAACUUUUCUUAACCAUAGAAAAUCUGAAAUCUGAAAUAUCAAAGAGAGAUGACACAUUCAAGGAAAUGAAUGGAUCAGAAUCUACCUUAAAAAUUGAAGGCUCCUGUAGUGACAGUACACACCAACCUGAUGAAAUUAAUCCAGUAACUCAGCUGGAGAAAGAUAAGGAAAUCCUGCAAAAGAAACUUAAGGCACUGCUUGUGGCCCGUAAAGAGAGCACUAAAACAAUUCAGAAACAAAAGGAAGAACAUGCUAAGCUACUAGCAGAAUUUGAUGAACUAACAAAAGACUUUGAGCUCAUGAAAGAUGAACAUAAAGUACUCCAGGAGAUUCAUCAGAGAAAGUGUAAAGAAUUUGACUCCAAUGUAUUGCUUUUAUGUUCUCUGCAGACAAAGCUGGAGGCUCAUACAUCUCUUCAUCACAAUGAAAAUGCAAAGCAGAAGACAUUUGAGUCAGAGGAGCUAAAUACAAAGACUGAUAUUAGGAUACAAGAAUCAGAAAAGAAUGUAAGCGCGAUAGCAAUGGAAGAGACUAAGAUGAUGAAAUUUCACAGUAACUAUGCCAGAUUUAUGGAAGAGGGAAAAAAGGUCAAGGAAGAGUUAAAAAAGAAGUCAGUUGAACUUGAUGGAAAAGAACAAGAGGCAGUGAAACUGAAGGUCUCUGUUGAACAACUGGAACAGCAGUAUAAGCAAGACAAAGAGAAUAUGCUGACUGAGCGAAUUCGGCUUCAGCAACAGCUAGAAACAUAUAAAAAUGAAGUGAUUGCUGUUAAAACUAUGAUUGAAACUGUGAAUAAUGAAAAGGAUCAGCUCCAUAAAAAAAGUGAAGAAGAUCACCUGAUCAGUCUGGAAGAAAUUGAACAUUUGAAGCUUGAUGUUCAACAAGCCAACAUGCAAAUUUCAGGAAAAGAUGAAGAGAUCAAAUAUUUACACAAUUCCCUUAAGGAUCUCAAAGGCAAGUUUGAUCAUGGAAAGGAAAUAAUGAAAGAAGUUACACAGUUACAACAAAGUUUACAAGAAAGUCAAGAAGAAACAAAACAUUUUAAAACUGUGUUGGAAAAAGUGAGAGAAGAGAGAGAAGAAUUCAUAAGCAACCUAGAGAAAUCAAAUAUGGAAUUACUAAAUAUGAAAGAGGAGUUAAGACAUGCAAGUGAAGAAAACAAGCAACUUUUGAUGGAGUUAAAUAUGCUGCGUGAGAAGGUUUUACCAGUGGUACUAUGUGUGGAAGGUAGAAGAGAGGACACAAAAACUAUGCUGCUGCAAUCAGAUACUAUGCUGGAGAACAGAGUUGAAAGUACAGAGCAGUCUAGCUCAUUGCAAGAUGUCACUUGCAGAGAGAGAGAGUCACUGGAUGUGACUAACACAGAAAGAGUGACAUUAAUAAAAAGAGCAGGUGAUCAAUAUCAGCAACCAACAGAAAUGCCUCGGGAACAGAUGGGGGGAAAUGUAAAUGGAGGAAGCUUUCAACCCCAACUGCAGAAGUAUGAUGCUGAAGAAAAAAUCAGAGAACGUCUCCAAAGAAAGCUCCAAGCUGCUUUAAUAUCACGUAAAGAAGCACUGAAGGAAAACAAAAUUCUUAAAGAUCAAAUGGAGUUACUAAUUUUGGAAAACAAAGAAUUAAUUGAUAAGGUUCACACUCUUGAUCAUCUGAUGUCUGAGAUGAGUAGAGAAAAACAAGAUUUGAAUACUGCAUUGUAUAAAGAGGAGACUCUUGUGGCAGAAAAUGCUAGAUUGUUAAUUGAGAAUGAAAAUCUUACUGCUGCAUGUGAGAGUCUAAAGUCUACUAUGGAAACCAUAGGCCAGGAGAAGGAAGCUUUUUCUUUUCAGUUGAAUUCCUUAAAAGAUUCUCAGACAGUUGAAUUAACAGGUUGGAAAGCUAAACACAGUGAAUUAAAGCAGGAAUAUGAGUCUCUUCUUCAGGCCUAUGACAAUAUUAGUAGUAAAAUAGCAGAAAUGAGGCAAACUAUUGAUGUCACUAAAAAAGAAAAGCAGGAAGCUCUUCACAAAAUAAAUGAGAGAGAAUCUGAUAAACAGGAACUUAAGGAGCUGCUUCAAAAAGCAACUGAUGAAAAUGCAGAAGUUAAGGAGCAACUAAAACAUUUAGUUGAAUCUAAACAGAAGGAAAUCAGUGAACUGAAGAUUGAAGAAGAAAAGCAGGCAUCUGAACUUAAGUUGUGCUUGGAAAAAUAUCAAAAAAAUAUUGAUGAAUAUGUUCUUCAGAACAAGCAACUAACAGAGGAAAAUGAGCAAUUAAAAGAAGCUUCUGCAAUCUUAAAACGAACCUUGGAAAAAGCACAGAAGGAAAACAAGGAGCUUGAUAAGGAUUUUAGUCUAGCAAAAUCUGCUCUGGGGGACCUUCAAACACAGUUACAACUGGACAAUAAUGCGCAAUCCAAGAUAAGUGAUUCUCUCAGUGAGAGAGAGUCGUUAUUAAAACACAUUCACUUCUUAAAUGAAGGGAUUUUGGGAAAAGAGAAAAGAAUGCUGAUCUUGGAGCAAGAGAACAACAUUAUAUUAGAAAGGUUAAAAGAUGCUGAAGAAUGUCUGUAUCAGAAGAAAAGCUCUUUAUCAAUGUUAGAAAACGAUUGUAAAAUUCUUAAUAGGGAGAUAAUAAGUCUUGGUGAAAGAAUUAAAAUAUUAGAGGAUGACAAAUGCCUAUUACAGGAAGAAUUAGAAAAUGUUCAAGAAACAUCUUACAAAGUAAAAAAUGAGAGAGAAUUUUUGGAGACAGAGUUGCUCAAUCACAUCAAAAAAUUGGAUCAAACAACAGAGAGAUUGAAAGCCACGCAGGUACAAAACAGCUUGCUUGCACAGCAGUUAGAAGAUUUAAAAGCAGAGAAAUACAGCACAAUUAGAGAAAAAGAAGAACAGCAACUGCAUCUGGUCAGAGUAUUUGAAGAAAAAGUGAAAACUGCUCAGAGAGACAAUAAUGGGGCGAAGAACAAAACAAAAGAAUUACAAGAACUUUUGAAGGAAAAACAACAAGAGAUUAACCAGUUGCAAAAGGAUUCUAUUAAAUACCAGGAAAUGAUUUUAGACUUGGAAAAAUCUGUGAAAUUGUCACGUUUAAAAAGUGAAAAAAUUGAGAAAGAUUUAAACAAUGCUGAAGAAAAACUUACCAAAUCAAAUGAAGAGCUGCAAAAGCUAACUGAAAAGCUCUGUUUAUGGAAAUCUUUGCUGGAUGAGUCUAAGGCUGAAAUAGAGCAGCUUGCAAAAGAGAACCUAAAUAGUAAAAAGGAACUUAAAAAGAAAGAAAACCAAAUAUUUAAUCAAAAGAAAGAAUAUGAGAGUCAACUGGAGUUCAGCCUUCAGCAGCUAAAAGCAACUUGCCAAAGAGAAUGGCUAAACUUGGAAGAAAAAUAUAAUUCCCUUCAAAGAGAGAAAGAGACUAUUCUUGGUGACAACCAUCUGUUGCAAGAAGAAAUUGGCAUUAGAGACAUUCAGAAUAAGAACCUUCAGACUGAAUUGAAUGAUACCUUAGCUAGACUAGCAGCUUUUGCCAAGUGUAUGUCUUCCCUUCAAAAUGACAGGGACAGAGUCAUUGGUGAAAUGAAAACCUGGGAAACACAAUUCAAAGAAGUUAUUGAAAAUAAGCAGCAACAGAUAGAGGCCAGUAAUGUAACAAUAGCAUCCUUACAAAAAGAAAUAAAGAUAAAAAUGGUUCAAGUUCAAGAACUGGAGCUCAAAAGUUCUAUGCUGGAAGAACCUCAGCAUGCAAUGCAGGUCUGUGUAGACUCACACAAUUUUAAUGAGCUUUCUAGAAUAAAGGCAGAGAAUGUCAUUCUACAGGACAGACAACAUGAGUUGGCAACCGCUCUGCAGUCAAAAGAAGAUUCUUUGCAGGCACUGCUUAAAGAAAAAAAAUCUUUUAACCACCUCAUAAAAAAUAAUAAUACUAUAGAAAAGGACAUGGAAGCAUUGAGAAAUAAUUUGACAACCAAAGAAUGGGAAAUGCAGCAACUUCUAUUGGGAAAAAGCGAGAUAAAAGCUGAACUGGAAAAACAAGUUGCCAUUUCUGACCAAAUGAAAAUCAUGCUAAAUAGGAAAGAUAUGGAAAUUUUGCUUUUAAUUUCAUCAAAGGACCCAGAAGUUUCUGAAUAUCUCACUCAAAUACAAACUCAGCAUAGAGAGCAGGUUGCAGAAUGUGAUCAACAGAUAAAGAGCCUGCAGGCAGCCAAAGACAAAUCUGAUGAAACUUGUCUAAGGAUGAAGAAUGAGUUCAGAAAUCUUCAGAUGAAAGCUGACAAAGCAGUUCAAGACAGGGCUGAGAUUGCCAGUGAAAUUGAUGCCUUUAAAAAGGCAUUGUCAUCUCUUCAGAAUGACAGAGAUUCCCUGCUUUCUAAACAUAAAAAUCUAGAGCAUGAACACAGAGUUAUUUUAUGUGAGAAAGAGAGACUUGUAGCUGACAGUGCUAAUGAAAACAGAUCUCUGAAAAAAGAAUUAAGGAAGCUCCUAAAUCAGAUUGAUGAUCUUCAUUCUGAAAAUGCAAUGCUCACUGCACAACUCAUAAAAUAUAGGGAAGAUCUGAACCAAGUUUUAUCACUAAAAGAUAAUCAGUUGAAAGAAUUACUUACACAGAAACUGGAAAGCAUUAAGAAUCUUGAGCAGGAAAAACUUGAACUUCAGAAAAAGCUGAAAGAAUUGCAACUGACUAUGAAAGUGCAGGAUGAGAGCAUAGGAACUCUACAACAGGAAAAUAAAAAAUUAAUGUCAAAAACUCACGACUUAGAGAUUCUGAUUGCUUCAAUAAACAAGAAAAGGUUAGCUUCUGAAUCCAGAGAGAAAUCUCCAGGUCACAAUGGCGAUAGCCUUGAUCAGAAGAAAGGACUUGCUGUCAGCCACCAUUUUGAAGAAAAUGUUGAGAAAAGAUUACAAGAAUUCCAGCAUGUGGUUGGCAAACAUACAAAAGAUACAGAAGAGAGAUACCAUGAGAGCAUUUCAGCUUUGGAACAUGAUGCUAAGUUAUUGGAGAAUGAAGCUAUUGAAUUGCCACAUAAGAGAUUGUUGGAAAUUCAGAUUCAGAAUAAAGAGCUAAGAUCUCAAAUUGAAUCUUUUGGAAAAGCUAUGACAGCUCUGCAAGAUGAUAGGGAGAGAUUAAUUGAGGAUUUCAAGGUACUUCAGAGCAAAUAUACUUCUGAACUCAGAUAUGAAAAAAGUAGAGCAGACAAACUUGAAACUGUGUUUAGUGACUUCAAAUCCAAUGUUCUCUGUCUGCUGAAAGAAAAUGCCCUCUUGAAUCAGGCAUCACUGGAAAAUGAAAGCAAGUUCACUCUCGACCAGCUUACUGAUGAACUUGAAAACCUGUGCAAGCUGUUAAAUACCCGAAACCUUGAAAUUAGCAGACUCUCAACGGAGUGUGAGAAUUAUGCUCAGCAGAUGGAUGCCUUUUCCAAGGCUAUGGCCUGUCUUCAAGAUGACAGAGACAGACUUCGGCAGGAACUCUGCAAACUGAGAGUAAUGCAUGAAGCUAAACAGGGCACAAGUUUGAUUUCCGUACCCUCUGACUACAUCAGUGAGAUUAGUUAUCUUAAGCAUAAUUUGGAGAGUCUUCAAAUGGAUAGGGACAGAAUGGUUAAAGAAGGAGCUAAUCUUGCAACAGCUCAGGUAGCAAAACUAAAAGCCAAAGUUGAUGAGCUUGAGAGAGACUUGCACCAGACAAAAGCUUUCCAAGAAGAAGCUGAGAAAGAAAGAGCCUCCUACCAGACUGAACUAGUUGAAUUGCGAAUGGAAAAAAAUGUUUUGCUGGCAGAAUCUCAAGCACUCCAGAAUCAAUUCCAGGCAACUCUUUCAGAAAAAGAACAGCAGAUUGCAGAAUUACAGAGACUGCAUCGUGAAAUGGUAUCUCAGGGAUCCAUAUCUGCUGGUAGCAAGUACCCAACCAAGGGAUUAGAAGCUGUUGCUCUUGUUGGAAGCACAGAUGUCCCUGAUCAAGUGAACCAUCUACUGGCUGAGAGGAUUCGGCUUCAAGAUGAACUCCAACGCUGCCUUCAGGAAUUGCAUCAGAGAGAGCUGCGAUUCCAGCAAACAAAUUCAAAGGUAAUGCAAGCAGUAGAAGAAAACACUGUAUUGACUGCCCAACUAAAAAACAUGUCCCAGACGUUGCGGGAUAACCAACUCCGCUAUAGUGACCUGCAGAAUCGUUACUUGCGGCUCGAAAGGGAAUAUCAAGUGCAAGUUACUUCUGUUCAAGGUACCACUCAGGGUGAAGCUCAAGCAGAAGUUCCUCCAGGCGCUCCUCAAGAAAGAGCUGGAGUUAUUGUUGAAAUAGACAACAUGGAACUCGAUGAACUCAGGAAAAGGCUUGCAGAGAUGGAGCUGCAGCAUGAUUCAACUCAGCAAACUGUAUCACAACUAAUGGAAACACUCUCAGAAGAGAGGAAUCGACGUCAAGCUGCAGAAGAGGCCCUGGGGCUCUCAGAGGAACAAAUUAAAAGGCUUGAAAUGAGUAGUUAUAGGUCAACACUUAGAGAAUAUACUGUUCAGGUGGAGUCUGAUGAGGAAAGGGAAGCUCUGAUCAUCAACGCUAAUGAACAUAUGAUAGUACGAAAGGUAAAAGGAGGAGCCCUUUCUUUCAGGAGAUGGAUUCGGGGGCGAAGUCUUUACUGCUCCAAAUUGCUGACUUCCAGAGCAAAAUCUCGCUAUCUCUUUCUCAGUUAUUUGGUGAUCCUGCAUCUUCUCGUUUUCUUGUGCCUAACAGGCAUCUUAUAAAUGCACUGAAUUUGCUGUGUGAAUUAUAUUCCUUCUAGAUAAAGGUGUGUCAAUUUGAGAUAAUGGACUUAUCACAAGCUGCUGUUACGCUAUGCACUGCACACAGUUGUAUAUAUUCUCAGUAUAACUUGUGGCUUUCCAACUUCUUCCUUAACAAGAAGUUUUAAAUGUACAUCACAGUUGCUCCAAAGUUGACUUUUGUUGCUCUUUAACAAUGGGAUAUUAUAUUUGCUAAAGAAACAGACAUUGUCUUAUCAAAACACACUACCAAGAAGCUGCUGCAAUUUGGAUGUUGGAUAUUCUUUGGGAUAUAAUGAAUGAAUACCGUUGAAUAGGUUGUAAAUGAUAUCUUUUCUAAAUAAAUUUAUUUUAACAGAGUUGAACUAUAAAUGCGGGUGGGUUAUUCUCAAAUACUGUUUUUUUUACCUCUUGAUUAUAACAAGAAGCAUACAGAGUGCAAUAGAGGAAAAAAUCUGGAAUCAUUAUGGGUUUCUCAACUUUAAAUAAACUCUUAAGAAUUGAAAAGAA